AUGGACCAAACAGAGAAACGUCACUGCUGGGAAUGUCGCCGACGCUGUCUGGUCUGUGAUUCUACAAAACCAUCAUGCAAACGAUGUACAACAUCUGGUACUAGAUGUCCUGGGUACGACUCUGUGAAGCCCGCUAGAAUCAGGUGGGUCGAACCUGGUAGAGUGACAUCUCGAGAUCGCAGGAAGCCCAAGCGGUCUCUCUAUACCUCUGUCAAGGAAAAGGGGAAAGGUGUCAUGAACGCGCAAAAUUCAAGCUCAUCAAUGCCGGUCAUUUGUGCUGGCCUUCCACCUGUCGUGAUCUGCGCCGAUGCUGCUGCUGUGCCACUGGUACAGGCUGCAGAGUAUUUCAAUGCUUGCAUUUACAAAGAUCUAAAGCCGGUGCUUGAGCUAGGCCAGAAUCCUCACAUAUACGAGCUCUCGGCCAGCAUCAUCCACAAUGCAACUUCUGCUCCUCAAUUUUUGCAACAUGGCAUGUACUGCAUCAUCUUGAGCCACCGAAUGAAUCGUAUAAGGAAAGACCCGCAAGCAAAGAGAUUGAAUGAAAAAUUCUAUUUGCAUCGGGGCGUCGCCAUCCGCUCUCUCAGCAAACACCUCGAUGCGAAAUAUGACGGCAUGGACAAUGUGAUCAUGGCCGGGAUUCUAAUGCUCCUCCUGGUUGAUAUCCAACACGGUACCUUGUUUGGUUGGCGAUGCCACCUUGAACAAGUCCAAAAAUUAAUCAGCCGACGCGGUGGCUUUCAUGCACUGGUCAGGUUUGACAUGGCAGAGCCCUUGUUGCUUUCCAUAUGGUUUCUUGCUAUCAUUGGCAAUACAACAUGCCCAGCUGCAGAUCUUGGAAUGACCAGGGUUCACCUCGAAGCAUCUGAUUUCAUGCUAGAAAAGUAUGACUAUGCAUCAUUCCCUGUUGGAAUGUGUCCCCAGCCACUAUUUAUUGAGAUUGUAAGGAUCAAUCACCUCCGAAUGCGAGCCGUCGCGGUUGACGCAGCGGAGGCGGAGGAGACAGCUCUCGACGCAUACAGAACACUAGAUCGCAUUCAUGCAUUCUCGCCCAUACUAUGGACAGAGUCCAGAUCCUUACUUUCCAGGCAAGACUGGAUGCGCGUAAGCAGCGCAUACCAGACUGCCGUGGCGUUAUAUUGCAUCCUUGCGUUGCAAAGCGCGUCUUUGAUUCCAGAAACCCCGUCAAUGCGAUCCCAGUGUGCUGAACAUGGCCACCACCUCCAAUCUGUACUCGUAGAGUGUCUAGCUUCCUCGAGAACCAAGAGAUUCAUGGUCUGGCCGCUGGUCGUUCUCGGAGUUGAGGCUGUGCAUAAAGGGGCAGCCCCAAUCCGUGCCUUUGUGGCCGACAGACUCCCAGAGCUGAGCUGCGACCUUGGCACUUCCGUGCCGCUCACUGCCAAGGCUGUCCUCGAAGCGUUCUGGGCCUCCGGCAACGAGCGCUGGGAUGAUUGUUUCGACAGGCAGUACAUCUUCACUACCCAAAUCGCUCCAGACACUAGCCAACUAUUCCCCUUGUAUCAGAGGGCUGCUAUGAGCUGUAAGGAUACGCCAUGCAGGGAUUCUGCACUGGGGUGUUGA